GCAAUGGAUACUUUUCUGCCCUCUGGAGGGAGCUAUCCAAAAGAAGAAACUGCACUUGGAAAUUGACCUAUGAGCAGCACAGAAGAUGAAGAAGGAGAAGAGGGGCCAUCAAGCAGAGAAAUGUGGAGGUACAGAUAACAUCUGACUAUUUUUGGGAUUCUUCAAGGAGCCUGAGAAGACAUUUUGCAGAAGAGGAACUUAAAGGACUAGUAUUCCUACUGAUGAAGCAUGUAGGGGCUCAGAAUACUGGGUUUGAGGAUAUCACUAUAAAUAUGAAGAUUUUGGACUUUUGUAGAAAAAAUAUUUAAGUUAUUUAAAGAAUAAGCCAUAUCAAACUUGCUUAAUUUCCUUCAUUUAAAAAAAAUAGUUAUUAGAUUCAUAUAACAAGAGAAUGCUAUUGUCUGUAUAUUUAAUUUUUAGAAAUUAUUUGAGCAAAUUUUUCAUCCUUUUAAUCAAGAUUGAAAACAUAGGUCAUUUCACAGCCAGUUAUAUAUUCUUUGUCCAAAGGCUAUUAGUCACUAACUUACAGUUAAAAUUUCUUUUUUUUUUUUUUACAGUUAAAAUUUCUGCUAAAUGUGCCACAAAGUGCUGCCUUGUCUCUCUCCCAUUCUUCUCAAUCCUUAUUAUAUAAUUCGAGGUCAUGAAUAUUCCAUUUGAAGGUUUAUUUCAUCUGUUCAGUACCACCCAUAUCUCCUAGCCUAAUUAUAUCAUUUAUAUUUUAAACAUCUAGAAAUCAACUCUAUAACGAAAAUGUCUAAGAAAUAAUAAUCUCAUAUGCCAUUAGCUUUUCUUCCUCUUUACAGUUCUUAGUCAAGCCUAAAGUGAAUACCUCCCCUUUGAAGAAUGGAACCCCCUUUGAAGAAUGGAACCCUCUUUACAGUUCUUAGUCAAGCCUAAAGUGAAUACCUCCCCUUUGAAGAAUGGAACCCUAUCUCAGCCUUCUUGUGUACCAUGUGACAGAUUCUAUCCAGGCCACAUUCAACCCCACUAAAUGGACAGGAGGAAAACAGCUAGGGUUAUGUCCACCAACCUUAUCCAUAAUAAAGACUGGAUCUUCCAGAUCCUGGUGAUGCUGGCAAUGACCCUUCAGCAGGGAGAUGGCUGGACCUGCCAAGUGGAGCACCCCAGCCUGGAUGGUCCUGUCACUGUGGAGUGGAGCACACUGAUUCUGCCCAGAGGAACGCUGGCUGGAAUCUCAAGCUUUGUGCUGGGGCUCAUCUUCCUUGUAGUGGGCAUCUUAGUGCAUAUGAGGAGCAAGAAAGGUAAGAAAACCUGAGAGGUGGCUGAGGUUUGCUUUCCCCUGACUUAGUCACCCAUCUUCCAUGAUAAGGAACUGACACACAAAAGCAAUGCCAGAGAAUCCUGGAGGCCACUGAAAUCAGAUUGUCAGGGAGCAAAAACAGGCUGGAGGGAGAGAGAAAUUCGCAGGCUGGAAUCUUAUCUCAACCAGACGCAUGGGGGCUGCAGAUACUCAGGUCAUGCCUAAGUUCAUUUAGUAAUGGAUUAGUCUUCAACCAGCCCCUGCCUUACUUCCCAGGGAUCAGACCAUGGCAAUGAAAAUGAGAUUGGAAAGUUUAUCUAAUUGUCUAAGAUGCUUUUAAUGGCUGAAGACAUUCCCCUUUCUCCUUUCAUUUUCACGUAAUGAGAAUCUUGAAAACCAAGUAAUACUCCUGCUUUGUUUUUCUCGGUGGGUGGGUUGCAGAAAGUCCUUUCUUUUUUCUUUCUUUUUUUUUUUUUAAGAUUUUAUUUAUUUAUUUGACAGAGAGAGACACAGCGAGAGAGGGAACACAAGCAGAGGGAGUGGGAAAGGAAGAAGCAGGCUUCCCGCGGAGCAGGGAGCCUCAUGCGGGGCUCGAUCCCAGGACCCUGGGAUCAUGACCUGAGCCAAGGGCAGACGCUUAAUGGCUGAGCCACCCAGGCACCCCGCAGAAAGUCCUUUCAUUGCACUGUUACUCUGAGUCAUCUACUGGGAGAGGGUCUCAGGCCUGAGCCUCUCUUUAAACUUCAGCCCGUUAGCAAGUGUGGAAAACGAGCGUUACUUUAUUCCACUGAUGAAGGAAGCCCAGAAAAAUUCUUAUUUUUCAUCAGGCUAAGACUCAGUCUCACCAAAUUUUUCUUUCCUGAGCCUUAGAGGAAGAGAAGUCAGCAACCUGAGAUAACUUUUCCUUUUACCUCUGCAGGUUCCUGAUCUGACCCAAAGACCUCCAUGUGCCCCGGAACAAGCAUUUUUCUAUCUUUCCUCAGUCCCAGAGGCUGGUUCCGGGACAGACUUCAGCCUCCCAAGAGGAUGUUACUACCAAGUGCAUUUGCAGUGGCUGCUGUGAGGCAGACAGUGGGGAGAGAAUGAGGCAGAGCAGGGCAGGGAGGAGCUCUGAAUGCAGGACAUAUUUCCCUAUCUGGUGGAGGGAAAAGGGGUGGAAGUGAAACAGCUCAGCGGGGCUCAGCCAUCCAGAAAAUGUCGGAAGGAGCAUCUCAGUGUCUGGGAAAGAGGCGAGAAGCGACGCGGCUGAGAAAGUCCUAACCUAUGUGGGGUUCAGGGAUAAGAGGAAGAGAACAAAAAGGGAGACAUGAUAAUCACCUUCCUUUUAAUGGGAUCGAUUAGAAAUACAUCUUUGAAAUUGAUCCUGGAACAUUUUUUAUUUGUAGUAACUUUUGUGAAUGGAUAAUUUUCUUCAUAAUUUCAUGUUGAUUUUUUGUAUCAUGUAAGAAUUCACUUGAUUGUUAAGUAAUGAUAUAUUUUACCCUUUCAUUCCUUUGAUAAUUUUGGAGGAAUCUGAUAAUAUUUGAUCAAAAAUUUCCAGACAGUCCCGCAUCGGGCUCCCUGCUCGGCAGGGAGUCUGCUUCUCCCUCUGACCCUCCCCCCUCUCAUGUGCUCUCUGUCUCUCUCAUUCUCUCUGUCUCAAAUAAAUAAAUAAAAUCUUAAAAAAAAAAAAAUUUCCA